AUGGGAAAGAAACUGGAUGCUCUUUUCGGGAGGAAAUUCAAGACCUCUAAAUUCAGUACUCUAGCAAAACUAGCAGUAUCUAGGAUUUCUAUCCUCAAGAACCAGAGACAAGUCAGGCUUUCCCAAGCAAAGUCUGAUGUUAUUCAGCUCCUUAACCUUGGACAGCAAGAACGAGCUGUCCUUCGGAUUGAGCAUGUCAUCAAGGAUCAGAAUAUGGUGGAUGCUUUUGUUAUGAUGGAGGAUUACUUACAUUUCCUGAUAGAUAGAGUUGUUCUACUUGAAACAAACAAAGAGUGUCCUGAUGAGCUCAAGGAAGCAAUAUCGAGCUUGAUCUUUGCAUCUUCAAGAUGUGGUGAGUUUCCUGAGUUGCAAGAGAUUCGUGGGAUUUUCGUAUCAAGAUUUGGAAAAGAAAUCGCUGCUCGUGCUGUUGAGUUGCGCAGUAACUGCGGAGUGAAUCCCAAGAUUAUACAAAAGUUUGCUACAAGACAACCAAGCUUGGAAAGCAGAAAGAAACUGCUAAAGGACAUUGCAUCUGAGAAUGGUAUUAUCCUGCAUUUGGAGGAAGAUGCUCCUGAGGUUGCACAGGCAUGA